AUGGGGGAAAUUAUCGAAAAUUUUAAAAAAUACACAAAUAUCAAAUUAUUAUAUUUUUUUCAGUUUGCAUCUUUAUCAUGCUUUCAACCAUUUAUUAGUGUUUAUUUAUAUCAUUUCAAAUCGAUCCAACCUUCAAUUAUUGGAAUAAUCACAUGUUUAAUUCCAUUUAUAUCAUUUAUUGCCUCGCCGGUAUGGACUUGGGUGACAGAUUAUUUUCAAUGUCCAAAAAAAAUUAUUAUUUUAAAUAGCAUACUUUCAACUAUAUGUUUGCUUUUAUUAAUUCCAAUUGGGGAUAAUUUAAUUGGUAUCUUUUUAUUAAUCAGCUCAUAUAGUUUCAUAUCAUCACCCAUUUGUCCAAUAGUAGAUAGCUUAGUAUUAAAACAAUUAGGUUCAGACUCUAAACUAUAUGGUAUGCAAAGGUUAUUUGGUGCAAUUAGUUACGGUGCCGUUGCUAUUUCAACUGGUUUCAUCAUUCAAAAGUAUGGUCUCAAAUAUUUAUUUAUCAUCUAUGGUAUAUGGAUGGCUGUUUUUUUGGUAUAUUAUAUUUUUAAUCAAACAGAAAAAGGUUCUAAAUUCAAAAAAUCAAUGUCAGGUCAAUCCCUUUCAAGUUUUAAGAAAUUAGUAAAUGAAAAAUUAAUAGAGCUCGAAGAAAGACAACAAACCGAAUUAGAUAAAGAAAACGAAACUAAACCAAAUAUUCAAGCAAUUGUAGAAAAAGAAAAACAAUUAUUUAAUAGUGCAAGUAGUUUAGGUAGUAUGGUUUCAAACAACUCUUUUGAACACUUAGACUCAAGCGGUUGCUCAUCCAUGUCAACUACACCACCAGUUACUUUGAAAAGAAAUUCAAAUAUUAUUUCAUCCAAUGAUAUCAUUGUAUCGAAUGAAAAAGAAAAUGAAAUUAUAAAAAAUAAUUGUAAUAACAGCAAAUCCCAAACAGAUUUAUUAGAUCAAGAAAUAAAUUAUGAAAUUAAUACAUCUCUUAAACAAGCCUUACUAGAUCUACUCAAGAAUACCCAAAUGAUAAUAUUUUUAUUAGCUUGUGUUAUAUGUGGAAUGACCGCUAAUAUAAUAAGCAACUUUUUAUUUUUAUUCCUUCAAGAUCAAAAACAUGCAAGUGUUGCCCUCUGUUCUACAUCUUUACCCUUCACAAUUUUAAUGGAACUUCCAUUUUUCUUUUUUGGUAAAGAUCUUUUAAACAAACUUGGUGAAACCAAAUUAAUUAUUGUAGGUCACUCUGCAUUUAUUAUAAGACUAUGUCUCUAUAAUAUAAUUGCUAUCGAUUCCGUUUCACCUUGGUUUGUUUUACCAAUAGAAACAUUACAUGGAAUUGCCUUUGCCUCAAUUUGGGUUGCUGGUGUCGAAUAUUCAAAUAAAAUGUCUCCAAAGGGUUACGAAACUACCUAUCAAGGUGUAUUCAGCGGUGUUUAUGGUGGCUUUGGUUCCGGUCUUGGCUCGAUUGUUGGUGGCUUCCUCUAUGAGCAUAUGUCUCCAAUGUAUUUAUUUAGAUUUACCGCAAUUUUAACAACUAUCAGUUUAAUUUCAUUUUCAUUAAGUCAAAUUUAUUUUUCAAAAAAAAAUAAUAACAAUAUCAUCAAUAAUAAUGAUGAUGAUAACCAUAUAAACUUAGACAGUUUGGUCUCAGUCAAUUAA